CAGCUGAAAUAAGAAAUGGCCAUAUAUUUAUGCACAGUGAACAACCUUUUCUAACUUGUACUACUUUAUAAGUCAUGUUCUGGUUAGGAAUUGCAUUUUUCGUCAUCAUCAUUGAUGCACAAGCCGUGUUUCAGCCUAGAGCUGAUCAAUUCAACUUGGACACAUAUGAAAAAUAUGACCACGUUCCCAAAAACAUUCGCUUACAAGUUAAACUCUCGAACACUGCAUUCGCAAGUCGAUUGAGACCUGGCCAUGCUAAAGAUACGCACAGCUGUGACGUCAUUUCCUCAGUACCUAAUGACUUGACAUUUAUAACCAGAUAUAAUUACUACAGAAAAUACACAGAAGCAUAUGGCAUACCUGUUGUGUCAUCGUCCAGAGUUUCUGAUGCUGCAUUGAAAAGAGCUUGUUACAUAGCACGUUUCUUAUUUGCUGAUCGAAGAGAUGUCAGAGAAAGCAUGUACAAACAUUUUGGAAGAUUUGGAGUGAUUGGAGUUAAUGAACAGACAACAACAAUCCCAGAAUUCAGUCACAUGCCAAAAUGGUGGGAUACUCGCGCACGGGGACUAGGUGGCGUUCUUGGGCGGCCUAUCUCAACAGGUGGAGAAGAAAAUUUACUUUGUUUGAGUAACGACAGAUACAGAGGAGAUGAUAUUUUCUUUCACGAAGCUUCUCAUGGUGUUGCAGAAGUCGCCAUACGAGGAGGAGGUAUUCCUGGUUUCUACGAUCGUUUAUUAAGUCAAUUCAAUUACGCGAAACAAAUAGGUUUGUGGCGAAACACGUACUCAAUGACAGACUCGAGAGAAUAUUUUGCGGAAGGGAUGCAAAGUUUUUUCAAUUGUCAUAUUGAAGCAGAUCCACCAAAUGGUAUUCAUAAUCGCAUCAACACUCAUCAAGAGUUGAAGGCGUAUGAUCCAGGAUUGUACAACUUGAUCAAAGAAGCGUAUCCAUGCAUGAAUAAAUAUCAUACAUGCACGUUGAAUCCACCAGACAUGAGGAUGAAUUGCGAUGGUAGUAAGCCUGCCACUACACACGCAACAUCAUCCAAGACGACGCACGUCCCUUCAUCGAAUACGACGCAUGCGACCACAGUGAUGACGCGUCCACCAAUCGCGACAACCAAACCACUUCCUCCGGAUUGCAGAGAUUAUAAUCAAUAUUGCAGUGAAUGGCAGAAGGUUGGCUACUGUAACCAACAGUAUUUGAAACUAAAUUGUAAAAAAUCUUGCAAUUUGUGUUAAGAUAAAUGCAAAACUCAAGUUUCUCUUUACACAA